AUGGCUGCCUUUAGGAACAUCGCAAUCGCCGGCGCUUCUGGCGACCUCGGCUCCUCCGUCUUCAAGACUUUUGUCGACUCCGGAAAGUUCAACGUCCGAGUGCUUAAGCGCGCCGGCUCCGAGUCCACCUUUCCUGAGGGCACCGAUGUCGUCGAGGUCGACUACUCGUCCCUCGAGUCCCUCACAGCCGCUCUAAAGAGCCAGGAUGUCGUUAUCUCUACCCUCACUACCCUCGCCGUCGCCACUCAAUCAACACUUGUCGAUGCUGCCGUCGCCGCUGGCGUCCAGCGCUUCAUCCCCUCCGAGUUCGGCUCCAACCUCGACAUCCCUAACGUCCGAAAGCUGCCUCUUUACGGCGCCAAAGUCAGCAUCCAGGACAAGCUGAUCGAGCUUUCUAAGUCCGGCCGUAUUACCUAUACCUUUGUGUAUAACUCUGUUUUCCUUGACUGGGGACUAAAGAACAAGUUUUUCCUCGACUUCGAUAACUCCACAGCCACCAUUGUCGACGGCGGUGACUCCGAGUUCAGCACAACCACUCUCGGCUCCGUCGCUGAUGCCGUCGUCGGUGUUGUGAGCAACCCUGAGGAGACCAAGAACCGAGUCGUGUACAUCCAGGACACUGUCCUCACCCAGAACAAGUUGCUUGCGCUUGCGAAGCAGGUCAACCCCGAGAAGUCCUGGACUGUCAUCAACGUCUCGCUCGACGAGGCUCACACCAAGGCUGACGAGCGACUGGCCAAGGGACUCCUUGACUGGGAGACCUUCGCACCUUACCUGUGGCGAGCUAUUUUCGACCCUAAGAGCGUACCCAAGUUCCCCAAGCUGGAUAAUGAGCUCCUUGGCGUUAAAGGCAAGACGGAGGAGGAUGUCAUUGAGCUCAUCAAGCCUCUAGCCAAGUGAAAUCUUGUCGAUGAUAAUGAA